CCUUCACCUUCCGUCCAUCGCCGCGCUUCCCACGGACUUUCCUCUCGGUUUUUCACCGUGAGACACACACUGGACCUUGGGGGCUCUCAGGACCGCCAAUUGCUGCCGCUCUUUCCUCCUUUGGUCCCGCGACUCGUCACCUGUGGCUUGGACUUGCUUUUUUGGUCCUGCUCUGCUCUGCUGGCGACCCUUUUCGUAUUCUUAUUCUUGUUCGCCCCUUCUCGUCCAACGUAUUAAAAGGCCAACGCGCCGCCGCAGCCGCCAUGUCGAGAUAUUCGUUACGACAGACGCCUCGGUACGUGGCACAGACUUUUGCACCUCUUGCGCAUUGCAGCCCAGCCUUGACCUUGCUUCCUCUCCUCCCGUUGUCUAACGCCGCCUUAGUAAGAAGGAACUCUUCGACGGCAUGAUCGAGACUCCGACUACGUCGCGACGCUCGUCGCGUCGCCAAUCCUCCUUCCCGCCCGACGUCUCUGACCAGGACAACGACUCCAGCUCGGCCGCCGAGACGUCCAUCCGCUCGCGAUCGAUCCGUCGGCGCACCACGGCCAAGUUUUCCGAGCACCUCGACGAGGAGGACGAGGAGCAGCAGGAGCCUGUGAAGCCGCCGCCCGCCACCAACGGCCACAUCGAGGUGACUCGGGGAGAGAAUGGCUCAGCCAAGGAAAAGUCACAAGUCAAGGCUGGCGUAUCCGUCGACCCCAACGUGGUCGACGGCUGGCGGCCGGGACAGGACCCCAAAAAGGACUACUCUGGCGAGUUCGAGUUCGGCGGCUCCCUGGGCACCGCGUUCCUCAUGUUCUUUUUCCCCGUCCUCAUGUGGUAUAUGUGGAUCGGCGCUACCUACUACGACGGCAAGUUCCCCACGCGAACGCCUGGCCAGACCUGGCCGCAGUUCGCUGCCCAUCUCGUCCACCUCGUCUACACCGGCGCGUUCCCCCACGUCAAGGCCUGGGCCUGGUACUGGUCUUAUCUCAUCUUCCAGGGUGCCUGCUACUGCCUCCUGCCCGGCGUCUGGGGCUGGGGCAAGCCUCUGCCGCAUGCGAACGGCAAGCAGCUCAAAUACUACUGCAAUGCCUACGUCAGUCUCUACUUCACUCUCGCCAUCCUUGCCGUCCUGCACUUCACCGGCAUCUGGAAGCUGUACAGUGCCCUUGACGAGUUCGGCCCUCUUUUGUCCGUUGCCAUCCUGAGCGGCUUCCUCGUCAGCAUCGUCGCCUAUGUCUCCGCCAUCUACAGGGGCAAGCAGCACCGCAUGACCGGCCACGUCAUCUAUGACUUCUUCAUGGGCGCCGAGCUUAACCCUCGCAUGUUUGGCAUCCUCGACUUCAAGAUGUUCUUCGAGGUUCGCAUGCCCUGGUACUUCUUGCUCAUACUGAGUUUGGGUGCCGCCGCUCGACAGUAUGAGCGCUACGGCUACGUUUCUGGCGAGGUCUGGUUCCUCGUCAUGGCCCACUACCUGUAUGCCAAUGCCUGCGCCAAGGGUGAGGAGCUCAUAAUCACCACCUGGGACAUGUACUACGAGAAGUGGGGUUUCAUGCUCAUCUUCUGGAAUCUGGCUGGCGUUCCCCUGUCGUACUGCCACUGCACCAUCUACCUUGCCAACCACCACCCAUCCGAGUACCACUGGAACCGAUUCGCGUUGGCUCUCAUUUUUGCUGCCUACCUCUUCUGGUACUGGGUCUGGGACAGCUGCAACAGCCAGAAGAACCGCUUCCGCGCCAUGGAGAAGGGCAAGCUCGUCUUCCGCAAGAGCUUCCCUCAGGUCCCCUGGCAGACUCUGCACAACCCCAAGACGAUCGAGACGCCACAGGGCACCAUUCUCGUCGACGGCUGGUACGGUCUGGCCCGCAAGAUCCACUACACGGCUGACACGUGGUUCGCCAUCUCGUGGGGCCUGAUUACCGGUUUUAAGAGCCCUUUCCCAUGGUUCUACCCGCUCUUUUUCGUUUGCAUGAUUGCUCACCGAGCGAGCCGCGACAUCACCCGCUGCCGUACCAAGUACGGCGAAGCCUGGCGCGAAUACGAGCGGCGCGUCCCCUACCUGUUCAUCCCCUACGUCAUCUAAAGGAUGCACGGGUAAGCCCACAUAUCCAUCCUGUUCGUAUCCGCAGGAAGGAAUCUCGUCUUCUUAGGUACAUAUUUAUACUGCCUUGCGGGCAGUGGAGAAAGACUGUCACACAUUUCAAUGCUUCGAAGAGGUGGUGGUAUAAAGACGGUGGGGGGGGUGUCACGAAACGAAAAUACGCCCCGGACUGCAGGGGGCCAGCCAUUCUUAAUGUCUCUUGGAUGAGAGGAGAUGCUCUAAUGCUCCUCGCUACGUGUAAUGGGAAUAUAAUUAUUUCGGAUGUUUCUUCUGAGGACCCUUGAUAAACUCGUUGACUUGACGUUGAGUCUUGACAGGAGAGCCCGUCGCGCUACCUAAUCUUAGGCAACGGCAUUGCGUUGCAGUCCUGGG